CAGCCUGAGAGCAGCAGCUGAUCUCCAGAGAGAGAGUCACUCAGAGAGGAGCAGCAUGAGGGGGGAGAACAUGAACAUGACCGGUACCGGUAACGGGACCGUUAACGGGUCUGAUGACCUCAUCUUCUUCGUUAACGGAAAAAAGAUUGUUGAGAAGAAUGCAGAUCCUGAGAUGAACCUGCUGACGUAUCUGAGGAGGAAAUUGCAUCUAACAGGAACUAAGCUGGGCUGUGCUGAAGGCGGAUGUGGAGCUUGCACCGUCAUGUUGUCCAGAUACCAAACACACACUCAACAGCUGAUUCAUCACGCCGUUAACGCCUGCCUCGCGCCGCUCUGCUCUUUACACCUGGUUGCCGUGACGACCGUGGAGGGCAUCGGCAGCGUGGCACGAAAGCUUCACCCGGUCCAGGAGAGGAUUGCGAAGUCUCACGGCUCUCAGUGUGGUUUCUGCACACCGGGCAUCGUCAUGUCCAUGUACGCUCUGCUGAGGACGAACCCAACACCAAGCAUGGCCGACAUGGAGGAAGCUUUCCAAGGGAAUCUGUGUCGUUGCACCGGAUACAGACCGAUACUGGAAGGAUACAAGACUUUCACUGUGGAGGGGGGCUGCUGUGGAGGCCGGGGGCGGGACAACGGCUGCUGUAUGACCAAUGGGAACGCACACGAGGAAACAUCAGAGGAGAACGCUGAUUCUUCUUUGUCUCUUUUUAACGCAGCAGAUUUUGAACCUUUUGACCCGACACAGGAAGUGAUCUUCCCUCCUGAGCUCAUGUCUCUCAGCAAAGGUCAGAGGUCGAGCUCGCUGUGUUUCCAUAGCGACAGGGUGGCGUGGAUGCAGCCGGACAGCCUGAACGAGUUUCUGCAGCUGAAAUGGAAACAUCCAGAAGCUAGAAUAGUGACAGGAAACACUGAAGUGGGUAUUGAGAUGAAGUUUAAGAACAUGUUGUAUCCGGUUAUCUUGGCUCCCACUUUCAUCCCUGAACUGAACACAGUGACGCACACUGAGGAUGGCGUGGUGUUCGGUGCAGCGUGCACUCUCAGCCACAUGGGGGCGGUGCUGAGGGAGGCGGUGGCGACUCUUCCUCCUCAUCAGACCGAAGUCUUCCUCGCUGUCCUGGAGCAGCUGCGUUGGUUCGCAGGGCAGCAGAUACGAAACGUUGCUGCUGUUGGAGGAAACAUCAUGACUGCUAGUCCUAUAUCAGACCUCAACCCUGUUUUUAUGGCUGCUGGCUGCAAACUCACACUGAUGGACAAAGACGGCAGCCGUGUGGUUCAGAUGGACGAUAAGUUCUUCCCAGGUUACAGGAAGACGGUUCUGCGCCCGCAAGAGAUCCUGCUGUCUGUGGAAAUCCCCUACAGCAAGAAGACUCAGUUUGUCUCGGCCUUCAAACAGUCUCCUCGCAGGGAGGAUGACAUCAGCAUCGUCACCGCGGCGAUGAGUGUCACCUUCACCCCGGGGACCGACUCUGUGGAGGACUUGAAGCUGAGCUACGGUGGCAUGGCGCCGACCACGGUGCUGGCGAAGAAGACGGCGAGCAAAGUGUUGGGAAGGCGAUGGGGGGAGGAGCUUCUGGAGGAGGUUUGCACCUCAUUGGCUGAGGAGAUGACCCUCGACCCCUCUGUGCCAGGCGGCAUGGUGACGUACCGGCGAACUCUGACCCUCAGCCUCUUCUACAAGUUCUACCUGACAGUCCUGCAGAAGCUCCGGCAGCAGGGUGUGGGUGUGGAAGAGGUGGGGUCUGACUGUGUGAGUGCGACAGAGAUUUAUCAUCCAGAGACUCCGACCAGCGUUCAGAUCUACCAGGCGGUGCCGGAGGGGCGGAGUCAGGACGACGUGGUGGGCCGACCUGUGAUGCACCUGUCGGCUAUGAAGCAGGCGACAGGUGAGGCGGUUUACUGCGACGAUGUCCCGCUGUACGAGAACGAGCUCUACCUGUCACUGAUCACCAGCAGCAAGGCACACGCUCACAUCCUCUCCAUAGACACAGCAGCAGCACAGAGCAUGCCCGGUGUUGUCAGCUUCCUGUUCGCUGACGACAUUCCCGGCAGCAACGCCACCGGACCGAUCGCGUACGACGAGACCGUCCUGGCCGACCGCCAGGUAACGUGUGUGGGUCACAUCAUCGGCGCUGUGGUGGCCGACACGCAGCUGAACGCCCAGAGAGCCGCCAAGGCCGUCAAGAUCCAGUACGAAGAGCUGCUGCCUAUCGUCACCAUCCAGGAAGCCAUCGCUGCCCAGUCCUUCUAUCAGCCAAUCAGAACCAUCCAGAGGGGGGACCUGGAGGCGGGCUUUAAACAGGCUGACCACAUCCUGGAGGGUGAGAUGCACAUGGGAGGUCAGGAACAUUUCUACUUGGAGACAAACGUCAGUCUGGCGGUUCCUCGAGGAGAAGACGGAGAGAUGGAGCUGUUUGUGUCCACGCAGUCAGCCGCCAAGACACAGUCUCUGGUAGCGAAGGCGUUGGGCGUCCCCGCUAACAGAGUAGUGGUGCGAGUGAAGAGGAUGGGCGGAGGCUUCGGGGGGAAAGAGAGCCGAACCACCGUCCUGUCGACUGUGGUUGCCGUGGCAGCAAACAAGCUGAAUCGGCCGGUCAGGUGCAUGUUGGACAGAGAUGAAGACAUGUUGAUCACAGGAGGACGACACCCUUUCUACGGGAAAUACAAAGUGGGUUUCAUGAACAGUGGGAAGGUUGUGGCGUUGGACGUGUCGUACUACAGUAACACAGGAAACUCCAUGGACCUCUCUCUGUCUAUCAUGGAGCGCGCUCUGUUCCACAUGGACAACUCGUACAACGUGCCGAACAUACGCGGCCGUGGCUCCAUAUGCCGCACCAACCUGCCGUCCAACACCGCCUUCAGAGGCUUCGGCGGGCCUCAGGGCAUGAUGAUCGCUGAGAACUGGAUGAUGGACGUGGCUCAGAGUCUGGGCCGGCCUGCUGAAGAAGUGCGUCGGCUGAACCUGUACAUGCAGGGUGAUUCUACCCCCUUCAACCAGAUCCUGGACCAGUUCACUGUGGACCGCUGCUGGGACGAGUGUCUGGCACGCUCCGAAUACGAGAAGCGCCGAGCUGCCAUCGAGCUCUACAACAGACAGAACCGGUGGACCAAACGAGGCCUCGCCAUCAUUCCCACCAAGUUUGGGAUUAGCUUCACCGCCGUCUUCCUCAACCAGGCCGGAGCGCUGGUCCACAUCUACACUGACGGCUCGGUGUUGUUGACUCACGGCGGGACAGAAAUGGGACAAGGACUCCACACUAAGAUGGUCCAGGUUGCCAGCAGAGUUCUGAACGUUUCCAGUUCAAAGAUCCACAUCUCAGAGACGAGCACCAACACGGUUCCCAACACGAGCCCCACCGCCGCCUCCGCCUCCUCCGACCUGAACGGAGCCGCCGUGCAGAACGCCUGCGAGGUCCUCGCCGAACGCCUCCAACCCUACAGGAGCAAGAACCCCAAAGGAUCAUGGGAGGACUGGGUGAGAGCUGCGUACUUCGACAGAGUCAACCUGAGUGCAAACGGCUUCUAUAAGACUCCAGAUCUCGGCUACGACUUUGAAACAAACUCCGGCCGAGCGUUUAACUACUUCAGCUACGGAGUCGCCUGCUCAGAGGUGGAGAUCGACUGUCUGACCGGAGCUCACAAGAACCUGAGCACAACCAUCGUGAUGGACGUCGGUCACAGUCUGAACCCGGCCAUCGACAUCGGACAGGUGGAGGGGGGCUUCAUGCAGGGUCUGGGUCUCUUCACCCUGGAGGAGCUUCAUUACUCCCCCCGAGGCGUCUUGCUCACUCGAGGUCCAGGUUCCUAUAAGAUCCCGGCCUUCGGAGACAUUCCCACACAGCUGACCGUCUCGCUGCUCCGCGACGCGCCGCACGAUAAAGCCAUCUUUGCCUCCAAGGCUGUCGGUGAGCCUCCUCUCUUUCUGGCAUCAUCCGUCUUUUUCGCCAUCAAAGACGCCAUCAGUGCUGCUCGGGCAGAGUCAGGCAUCACCGGUCCGUUCAGGCUGGACAGUCCCGCCUCCGCUGAGAGGAUCCGUAACGCCUGCAGCGACCGCUUCACCAAACUGUGUCCUCCUGCAGAGCCGGGAACCUUCAGCCCCUGGUCCGUCCAGGUUUAACACCACCGCUGGUCCGUCCAGGUUUAACACCACCGCUGGUCCGUCCGGGUUUAACACCACCGCUGGUCCGUCCAGGUUUAACACCACCGCUGGUCCGUCCAGGUUUAACACCAUCGCUAGUCCGUCCGGGUUUAACACCAUCCCUGGUCCGUCCGGGUUUAACACCACCGCUGGUCCGUCCAGGUUUAACACCACCGCUGGUCCGUCCAGGUUUAACACCAUCGCUGGUCCGUCCAGGUUUAACACCACCGCUGGUCCGUCCAGGUUUAACACCACCGCUGGUCCGUCCGGGUUUAACACCACCGCUGGUCCGUCCAGGUUUAACACCACCGCUGGUCCGUCCAGGUUUAACACCAUCGAUGGUCCGUCCAGGUUUAACACCAUCGCUGGUCCGUCCGGGUUUAACACCACCGCUGGUCCGUCCAGGUUUAACACCAUCGCUGGUCCGUCCGGGUUUAACACCACCGCUGGUCCGUCCGGGUUUAACACCAUCGCUGGACAAUCUGUGAAAAUACAACAACACACUGAGCCAUUUCCUACACAAAGAGUUACAUCACUAACAGUUAAUGAUGCUUUACCUCAACUGUGCUAUACUGAACUAGAGUCUGGUAGAAGACUCUCAGACUUCACUGCAUGGUUGAAUGAAUCCUCCUGAGACCCGAGCUGUUGUUUCUUCUGCUUCUUUAACCUCUCCUAGAUAUUUAGGAUUAGUAGAACCUGAUAAAUAUAAAAACUAAAUAUCGUCUUUGAACAUGAAAUAAAUAAAGUCUUCAUAUGGAGACACUGGCUUUAUUUUACUGUGUAUAAAACUAAUUAUGUCCUUACAUUUAAACCUUCACUUUGCAUGAAUCAGUGUUGUAGCUUGUUGUUAAAAUGAGUCAUAUUUGGACAACAUAUCAAACUACAAACUUUAUGAAGCAUAAAUAAACAAGUUUCAACCAUAAUGUGAUGAGGUUCUGACUGGAGAGCAGCUGUUGAUUGACUUUUUGCUCUGAUUUUUACACUGUAAUGUGCUUUUGCGACCACAAGGUGGCACAAAAAGCAAAUAUACGAAUGAGGACAACAGGUCAAAGUUCAGCAGUAUGAAGUAUAAGGUCCAGUGGGGAUGCAGGAGGUUAAAAAUAAAGAAAUCUAUACAUAUAUACUUUUUAAAACUUUAUAUGAACAAAGGAGUCACAUGAGCAAAUAACUGAUUAUUGAUUAUCGUGCAUGUGCAGGAUAUAACUAAUAUAUGCAUGUAUUAAUGUAUUAAAGUUUAACAGUAUUGACUCAGUUUGUUAAUGAUCAAAAGUGAGAAUUAAGCUAAAAACAAUGAAUCAAAUGAGGCUAUAAAAUGUCUGGAAAAAGAUAUUUAAACAUUAUUAAUGUGGCAGAAAUUUUAUAUAGUAUAAGCUUUUAUAAUAUAUGUAAAAUGUUUUUAUGUGUAAUAAAUAAAUAUGCUAAUGAGAAUUCAGGGAACAAACUUGAUCUAAUGCUGUAAUGAUGUUACAUAAACAGUACAUUUACUUCCAGUGUUUGAUAUUUCAGCUAAUGUGAAUUAUCAGAUCAAUACAUCUGUAAUAAUAAUAAUAAUAAUAUAAUAAUAAUAAUGGUUUACAUCCUACACUCUCUCUUCAGUUAAUACAUGAAUUAUGAUGUAAAUGAUGCACAAAUGAAAUGCUGAUUUUCACUGUUAUGUUAUAUAAAAUGAUUGCACUAUGAAUUAAAUAAAGCUUUUCAGAGGUU